CACGCACGCACGCAAAGGCGGAGGGGCGGCGAGGCGAGGGCAACACCGUCCACCAUUUCCUCCUCCUCUUCCUCCUCGCCUGCACCCCCUUCCCUUCCCUUCCCUUCCAUCUCCUCUCGCUCGAUCCAUCGAUCGAGUAGGUGUAAAAGUUUUCUAAUCCGGUGCGGAGCGGUUCCCUCGAUUCGAUCGGGUUGGGUUGCGUCGUCUCUUUGGGUGGGCGCGAUGGCGGCGACGGAGGCCUUCGCCGAUAAGAGCGCUGUCUUCCGCAAGCUCCACGCCAAAUCAGACAACAAGAUGUGCUUCGAUUGCAACGCCAAGAACCCGACGUGGGCGUCCGUCACCUACGGCGUCUUCCUCUGCAUCGACUGCUCCGCCGUCCACCGCAGCCUCGGCGUCCACGUCUCCUUCGUCAGGUCAACAAAUUUGGAUUCAUGGACUCAAGAGCAGUUAAAAAUGAUGGUUUAUGGAGGAAAUAACCGUGCACAAGCUUUCUUUAAUCAGCAUGGUUGGACAGAUGGUGGGAAAAUUGAAGCAAAGUAUACUUCAAGAGCUGCUGACUUGUACCGGCAGUUGCUUGCCAAAGAGGUUGCUAAAAGCUCCACAGAAGAUGGGAAUAAUAGUUGGCCAUCUUCCCCAGUUGCUGCUUCCCAGGCUUCAAAUCAAGCUGCUGCAUUUGUAGAUCUCAAGCUGACAGAGGCAUCAAAAGAAAAUGUAAACGAGAAGAAUGAGUCUGAGAUUGUUAGUUCACCUAGAGCUCCAACCCAUUCUUUCAAGAAGUCAAUUGGUGCGAAGAAGCCUGGAAAUAAAACCGGUGGACUCGGUGCGCGGAAGCUUACAUCAAAGCCAAAUGAAAGCCUCUAUGAGCAGAAGCCCGAAAAACCAGCUCCCGUCCUGCCACCGGUGACUGAGAGUACUACAACUAGGAGCAAAUCCCAUACUUCCCGAUUUGAAUAUGUGGAAAAUGCACCUGCUGCUGGGACUGGGAGCAGUUCAGAAGAUAACCAGAUGAUUGGACAUGUUGCACCCCCUAAGUCUUCGAACUUCUUUGCUGAAUUUGGGAUGGACAGUGGAUACCACAAAAAAUCUACAUCCAGUUCAUCCAAAGUGCAGGUUGAGGAAAGUAGUGAAGCAAGGCAGAAAUUCUCGAAUGCGAAGUCAAUUUCAUCCUCUCAGUUUUUCGGUGAUCAAGCCAGUUUCGAAAAGGAGGCUCAAUUAUCUCUCCAAAAGUUUUCUGGUUCCUCUGCCAUAUCAAGUGCUGACCUAUUUGGCCAUCCAGCGAACAAUUCUAAUGUGAAUCUUAGUACUUCAGAUUUGAUCAACAGAAUCUCAUUCCAGGCCACUCAGGAUCUGUCUUCUCUCAAGAACAUGGCUGGGGAAACCGGAAAGAAGUUGACUUCUUUGGCGUCCAACAUCAUCACUGAUCUUCAGGAUCGGAUCCUCUAAGUAUAAAUUUAUAGUGAAGUCUCCUAUACGUUUCUUCUGUGGCUGGCUUCUCCCAUCAACUGGGUGACAAAUUGGCCUGCCCGGCAGAUUUGUCUAGGAGUUUGUAGGUAUCGAAAAACCUUAAAUGAGACUUAGAGAAAAAGGAAAGAAAGAAAGAAAAAGAAAAACUUAUCGUGAAUGCUGUACUGGCUAAAGUCAUAUUAGCACCUGGAGUUGUAACAGAAAUGGUUUUCCCGGUGGUUUUAUUUCUGUUUCAGAGGGAACUCAAACGGUACCUAAACGUAUACCUUUGCUUUGUAAUGACCAUUCCGUAUUUAGUA